CAUCUUCCAUUCCACUUCAUAGAACACUACAAUUCGUCUCUCUGCCAUCGUAGAGAGCUUUUUGGAGGGAAUUCAUUGAAAACGAUUCCUUUCCAUUUCCUAUUUUCUUCCUCGAACGCAAUUGUCCUCCGUCACUGGUCGUUGUUUCUUAUUUUUUAAUUCCAAUCCACCAGUGAUCACCGCCUGUUGAUUCGAUUUACCAUGAUGUUUGGGAAAAAGAAAUUCAGCAAAUGGAUAUACCAGGCCGACACGCAAGAUAGCUCGGACGAUAGCAGCAGCAUCCCAUCUGAAGCCGCCGUCCUAGACGACUUACACGCCAAGGGCAACGGCGACACCCAGACGACGGUUGCGGUUGUGGAGGGAAGAGUCCACGAAAAUCUCUACGAUGCCGAAAGGCAGUCCGGAGCAAAGCUGAAGGAUUCUCUGGUCCUUAUGGGGGACAGGAUCGGGGACCGCAUGGGCGAAAGAUUAGAAAGUGCACGGGAAACAAUACGGGAAAAUUGCCAGCUCUUCCUAUUAGUGUCCGCUGCUAUUGUUCUUAUAGUUGUGGGUAUGAUUGUCGUCGGCGUAAAUGUUGGCCGCAGCAAAGAAAAGCUGGCAGUUGCUGUUCCGGACGAUGAUGGUUUUGACUUUCGGGGGUUUGUAAACACAACCUCUGCUAUUUUACCCGGGGCCCCAACUAAUGCCCCUUCGAAGAUGCAAUCGAUACAAGACACGAAAAUGCCGUCUGCAAUGCCGUCCACAUCCGAACCAUCAAUUUCGAAUGCUCUUCCUGUUUCUUUGUCAAAUUUUCCCUCCCUUGCACCCAUCGGAUCUUGGUCGAUGUCUCCGUCGAGCAUUCCUGGAUCCACAGAGCUUCCAUCCUUCUCUCCAACACAUAUUCCAACCACGCCGAUCGACCCAGUGACAAGAUCGCCCGUGCGGCCGUUUGCGGCAAAUGAUGAUUCGGUUCUCACCUUUUGCGUUAUUGCGGACGUGCCGUACACAGAAGACGAGGUUGCAGACCUUCCAAAGCAGAUCAGGACGCAGAUGCACGGAUGUGAAUUCUUGGUCCAUCUUGGUGAUAUUUUCGUUGGCGAUACCUUCUGCAGAGCCGAAAAUUACGAAACGAUCCGGGAUAUCAUGCUGGAAUCCCAUGCCCCAGCGUUUUUGGUCCCGGGUGACAACGAAUGGAACGAUUGCAUUCGAUCCGAAAUCGAUACCGGUUGGGACCAUUGGACAAACCACUUUAUUGGAUUCGAAAACAAUUGGAACCACACAUUUUCUCUCAUCCGGCAACCAGGAUAUCCAGAAAACUUUUAUUUCAUCCGAAAGAGGACCCUUGUGUUCGGUCUCAACAUCGUUGGCGGACGUGUCCACAACGAAACCGAGUGGCAGAUACGCCUUCGAUCUGAGUACGAGUGGGUGCGAGAUGUCAUGUUGUUGAAUCUCGUUGCUAUGGACGCAUCAGAUGGGGUAAUUCUCAUGGCACAUGCAAAUCCCUCAGAAGAUCACAGCGAGUUCUUCAACGCAUUUCGUGUGUUCCUUCGAGACGUUUUGAAAAAUCAAUUUCCAGUUCUCUACCUGCACGGGGACGGACACGACUUCAUGUACACACCAAAUUACCACAACCAAGAAAACUUCCUCCGUAUCCAACACGAGGGUGGAACCAACGAACCCGUUCUGAAGAUCAUGGCCGGGCCCAAGAGGGGACAUCGAGUACGGUCCUCUGUUCAGAACGCCUUUCAGUACAACAGACAAUUGAGUACGUUCCCAAGCAGAGAAAAGGAGAAAAACAAAAAAGACGAGUAAGCAACGCAUGCAAAUCGGACGUUAUGGAAUACGAGUGAACGAUUUCCUUUCUCAAUUUAAGGAGUGAAGCGAACAGUUUAUAGAAAGCUCAGUGUCUUCAAUCUUUUAAAAAUUCGGAACCCACACAUACGACGCCAACUGCUUCUUUCAUCACUCAGUUCCUCGUGGUCUGCAUAGUAGAAUCCAUUUUGCAGAACUGAACGCUGUCGUGUACAAGCUAUUUGGAUGUUACUGCAAUAUGAUAUGAAAAGAAAACGUAGUAGAUAGAACAGAUACAAUUCCACAUAGUUGUUUGAAAAUUAGGCUAUUACCCAAGAAUUUAUCAAUCCUAAUAUUCAAUAGCAUUUGAAUAAAUUUAACAACAAACU